GACGAAGGGGCCAAGGGCCGUCAGGUUUUGAAUCCGCGUUUGCAGCGAGCGCGCGUUGAUGAGCCACACUUGACACGAACGGCUGCACGCAGUGUCCUAGCAACACCGCUUUUAGCGAAUUAGUUCUGCGGUAAUCCGCAAGGUGGAGGAAGGUUCACGGAAAGGAACUGUUCUUUCAGAACGGCGCACCCACCGCCUUGAUAUGAUCGUAGGCUAUCGGUGUUCUAGGACGAUCCGAGGAGCACCGGGCGGGAAGGCAUCAGCAGAUAUGGCCGUUACGAGUGGCGAACCACCUGCUGAUCGGGAGGCCCCACCGUUGGCCAGCGGGGACGCUCAAAGCGCUUGCGAUGUAAAGCCGUUGUCAGACAAUGGUGGGACUGCGGCUUCCACGCCCCAGCAGAAGUCGACAGCGACGGGAGAACGUUCGAAGCGUGCGCCACCGUCCUCGACCAGAGCCAGCGAGCGUCGAACGCGGCAGCAGCGGCGAAAGCGUGAGACCAGCAGCGGUGAGGGCGUCGACCACAGUCUUUCGGGUCACGAGACGUCACGCAAGGGAGAGCACGGGGCUGCCGCAUCGACAAGCCAGCGCGUCAGCAUAGUACAAAAAGCUCUAUGCGACCCGGAUUCCUUGACGUCCGAGCAAGUGGAGCGAUUGGUCCGCGCCGUGUGCGGGAAAGCCAUCAACGACGACGACAGCGCAGAGAUGGCGGCCAGGUUUUGCGCCUGCGUCAUCGCGAAGGAGCGAGCAGGUGUGUUCAUCGACCAUCUUCUGUGCACCUGCCUCAACUGGUUCAAGCAACGCGACCUCCUACUGCCAAAGUUCACCGCCGCGGCACCGGUGGAGCCACCGCCGGAGCAAAAGGAUAGUCACCGGUGGGGGGCCUUCGUGGGCUUCCUGUCCGUGCUCCUGACCACUAUCCCUGCAAAAGGAAAGGCUUCGGCGGUCGCGUCGUGCCACUCCGGACACAUCUUCUGCCUGGCGUUACUUCUGUGCGAGUCCUGCAAGUUCAUGAUACACUCGCCAGACCUGGACUGGCACAGCCAGAUCGAGUGCAUCCGCAGUGCGCUGAAAACCGCGGGCAUGACUGCCGAGCGAGCCGCGCCCGCCCGCAUGGCGGCGCUGGUGGCGUGCCUGCGGGACGAGUUCUUGACGCCCGAUGCCUCAGCCGAGACUCGGCUGACGCUGCUCGAACUUCUAGAGCUGCACGCUUCGGGGUGGAAGUUCUCAGCCCAGCAGCAACUCUACUAUGCUGCACACAGCGGAGUUGCGGAACCCGAGUGUGAAGAUGAUCCAUCGCCCUUACCCCUGCCCUGCCGGACCGCCCAGUGAGAUUACACGGCGAAGCGGACACGAAGGCCUAAAGGCCAGACGUUCCCAUCGCAGUCAACAGAUACGUUUUUCGUUCGUUAUGGAUAAAAUAAAUACUUCUUGGCACUGCUA